CACAGCUUAUCCAACUUUACACAUGUAGUUUGCAAGAUGAGAUAUUUAUGAAGCGCUUCAGAUUUCUUGAUAAUAUAUUUGGAUUAAAAUUUAUAAAGACUGAUUUGACAUUUAAACUUUUAGAUGUUUCAAGAGUUGUUAUGUAUGAUUGAUGUAUGUAGCCAUAUGUAGUAUGAGUGCACUUUUUAAGUACCUAUGUUGAAGUCUUGUGUUUAGUAACAAUACAGAAAAAGUGUAGACUUUUUCAAUUAACUUAUUUAUACUUAAAUUUCGGAGUAAAAAAUAAAAAUAUAGUGAAUUUUCAAUUUUUGAGCAUUUUUUUUUCUCUACCUUUUCCCGCCUGUUCACAUUCCAGUUUACUCCAAGUUUACUCAUAAUUCCCAUGGCAACUUCCUAUUGUUUGAAAAUUAAAAAAAUUCUCUUCUGAAAUGGUUUUCUCUACAGGUGUUGCAAAGUGUAUUGGAAUUUCAUUGUAGAUUUACAGACUACAACACUAGCUGGUGUUAUACUUAAAAUUGGUGGUCUUAAAUUUGAUUUAUUUCAGUGAACUUAUGCUUAAAUAUGUCACAUAACACCUACAACAACCUGUGGGCUGAUGCACAAAGAACCAUUGAUGAUGUGUCACAGUUUGACACAUUUCUACAUGGCGAGAAACCGAACAAAGACAAGCGACAGGCCCAGUCUUUAGUAAGCAGCUUGUACGUGAAGUACAUAACAGUCGUGAACAAGUUGGACCAAUGCUACGACCAAAUAGUCCACCCCCAGAAGAGGCUCACGAUCAGGAAACUGCUGGAUGCGUGCAUAGGCAGAGUCAUCGAACUCAAGCACGAGCUAGUGGAGAUUGACUUGUCGGAAUUCAGCUACUACGAUGAGGUCCUGCUGGAACUGAAGUUGCCACGCAGUGAAGCAGAGGUGCGGUCACCCAAGUACUACCUCAGGGAACGAGAGGAAGAGCUGAGAGCCAGGAGGACACUGAUGGACGGCAUCUUGAAGAAGCUUGGGUUCUACGAGGAAGAAGUGGUGGAAGCCACCCUGUCGGAGGAGGAAGCCGUGCGACUGAUUCAGGCACAUGAGCGGGCCCGGCAGGGAAGGCUCAGGUCGCAGUUUAUGAAGGAGAUUCGCCUGAUGAAGGAGAAGGGCAAGGCGGAGCCGGCUGACAAGAAGCCCAGCGACGGAGGCUUUGCGGCUCUGAAGAUUCAGAAGACGUGGCGUGGCUACAACACCCGUCGCAAGAUGAAGAGGAGGAAACUGGAGGAAAUGUUGCUAAUUGGGAUGCUGCCGCCCACGGAGAUGCCGCGAGGGGAGCGAGCACGAGCCGCGCAGGUGCGCGAGGCACGGCACGGCGUCCAGGCACUGCACCAGCGGGAGUUUGAGCGCCAGCUGUUGGCGGUGAAGGAGGCGCUGCAGUGGAGCCGCGGCGGCACCAUGAAGGAAGAGCUCGCCGACGAAGUGCGAGCCUGGAUCCUCGACUACCAGGCUCACACCGGUAAGUUUCCGGAGAUACCCUCAGAGGAAUCUGGUGGCUCUGCCCUGUUCUUCACUCGCCAAGGAACCGGAAGUGAAAUCAGCAAGUCGACUACAGCCUCCUCCAAGGGCAGCAAGGAUAAGAAAGACAAAGGCAAGAAAGAGAAAGAAGAUGGCAAGAAGAAAAUGGAUGAAGAGGAGGAUCAUGGUUUCAAGAUGACCCCGUCUAACUUCCUUGCUGAGGUACAGACUGCGAUCACCGAGUACGAGGAAGUGUGGCGGGACAGAGAUGAGAGCGGCAACCCGCGGCAGAGGGCCGACACCGAGAUGAUACGUGCCGAAAAGACGCUGGAGCUGGAGGCAGAGCUGAGGAAGACAGUGGAUCAGAUGCUGCGUGAAGAACUGGAGAUCCUGCAGGCGGCACUGGACCGAGACAAAGGGCGCAAGGCUCGCAAGAGCAGCAAGAAGGGUCGCAGCGGUAAGAAAAGCAAGAAAAAGAAAGAAAAAGAUCUGACUCCUGAUCGCACCUUGGAGUCGCUUUUCGAAGAGCUCAUCACCAACGGCAUCAUCAAGAAGUACCCCGAGGUGCGGCUGUCCGAGUUCCGCGGGGAGCGAUCGUACGCGGCGUACGAACUCCGCAAAGAAGGGAAGGACUCGCAACCGUCACUGGGUGACAUACGGCAGCUGAUGAUGGAGUACUGCAUCCUGCCACUCGGUUCCAAAACCAUCCACCAGAUGGCACCUAUGGUCAAGUCGCUGAUGCUGGCGGGUCCGCACGGCAGCGGGAAAGACAUGCUCGUCCAUGCUGUGUGCACGGAGGUGGGAGCUGUAUUGUUCGAUCUGUCGCCGGCAAAUAUAGUGGGGAAAUACCCAGGCAAAUCUGGCCUGAUCAUGCUGAUCCACCUGGUCAAUAAAGUUGCUCGCUUAAUGCAGCCCGCUGUGAUAUACAUGGACACCGCAGAGAAGCCAUUCAUGAAGAAGGUGCCCAAGACGGACAAAACAGACCCCAAGAGGCUGAAGAAAGACCUGCCGAAGCUGGUGAAAAACAUUGGGCCAGAGGACCAGAUGCUCCUGAUUGGGACGUCUCACUGCCCCUGGGAGUGCGAGCAGAAGGCCCUCGCCCAGACUUACAACAAGCUGGUGCUGAUCCCGCGGCCGGACUACGGCAGUCUGGCGUGUGUCUGGAAGGAGCAGCUAUUCCAGUUUGCUGGUGUGAACCGCCAGUUCAACAUAUCUGCCAUGGCGAAACUCUCAGACGGCUACACGGUGGGGGCAAUACUGGCUGCCGUGCGCGAGGUGAUGACGUGCAAGCGUGUGCUACAGUUGCGCGUCAAGCCCCUCACACACGCGGAGCUCAUCAAUGCCCUGUGUCGACACGAGCCCGUGUACAAAGAGGAGGACGACGCCUUCCUCCAGUGGUUCCUGAAAACACCCAUCGGCCGGCGCAAGACACGCGCUUUGGAGAUAGAGGCAGAGCUCAAAGCCAACGCCAUGGGCGUACCCAAGAAGAAGAAGUGAAGAAGCAGAACAACGAAUCAAGAGUCAAACACUUACUGUACCUGUUCAGUGAGAGCAGAUAUCACUUGAAAUAACUAUGCAGAAAUUUUCCAAACAAUAUUUACAUCGAUUUGCAGGUGAUUCCUUAUGUUUUAUGAGAAAUUACAAUGAAAGCAUUUACUUUUUUCUACCAUUCUUAUUAAGGAAGUUAUGCACUAUAAAAUUAAAUUUUAAAAUACUUUUCUUUUUUAAUUAAUAUUUAAAACUACUAGCAGCCAACAAAGAAAUCAGUGAUUAAUAUUUGACAGAAAUCUUACAUCUAUAAAAUCAUGGUGGACAUAAUUAUUCCUUUUCAUUAAUAAAAUGUGGUUGACCAUCCUUCUAAUUUUUGCAUGUAUGUAAUAUCACUAAGCCACUCCCAAUUUUAUAAAUGAAAGGGAAUAAUACUUCAAACAUGUUUUCAAAUGUUUAAGAUCUAUUUCAUAAGAAUCAAUAUUUGCAGGUAUUUUUCUUAGCUACAAGUAAUUUUAAAUAUUUUUAAAAAAAAUAGUGGGUACUAAAUUUAUAUUUAAUGAUGCAUACCUCCCUUAAUAAUGAUUUUAGGGAAAAAAAUUGUUAGUACAUUUGUGUCUCUAUAUCCAUGUAAGAUAUCACCUGCUAGACAUUGAUGUUCAAAAUUUCCUUGUUUAUUUGUUGCACUGAAGGCAAUCAAUCAGAUAUAGAGGGCAUAACACCUUAAGUUGUUUCAUUUUAAAAGUUCUGCUCAGUAUUUUAAGACACUGAGAUUUAAAAAUAUGUACUUGCCAAAUUUAACAUCAGCUCAAACUUUCUGAUCGAGGUGAAGUACAGAAAGACACAUUUGGACAAACUGCACCAUCUAACGCGAAGCAACUAUUGAUUGACCGUAAUUAUGUGCAAUCCAGUUUUAAAACCACAUGAACUUCUUAGGAAUAGAAAUAAAAUUAGAUAAAGAGCAAAGGAAAUCAUAAACUUACUUACUUCCUGAAAAAAUUUCUAUCUGAAGAAGUCUAUGCAACCAGAUUUACAGAAAUUUCACCUGCCAUCUGUCUGAAUGCAGAUAUUUGUUCACAACUAGUCUAUAAUGUUGCAAAACAAAGCAAUCAGAUAUUUUUUCAAUAUUUGAGUUUAUUUACCUAAUUUUAUUGUGCUUUACAUCAGGACUGUCUGAAUAAACAUAUUGCCAUAAAAGAAAAUUCUCAUAGUUUCCUUUCCAUGUUAAAUUAUGUAAGCAUUUAGUUCUACACCGAUUGCUAUAAUACAUCUUUGUU